AUGCCUCUGCCAGAUAUUCCUUUGAGUCUUGCGAUCCCGGCCGUGGCGACUACACUCGCAUAUCUGAAUGCAAAAUGGUCACUUUCAUAUGAUUUGAAACUCGUCAAGGGAGGAUUGAAGACGUCCAUGAAAUCCCACUUCGCCGAACGUGGCGACCGCUUGAAUCUCUUCUACAUACUAGAAGCCCACGCGCUCAAUCCUAAAACUGCCAACAACCAAUUCAUUGUCUACAAUGGCCAGACGACCACCUUCCACGAAGCCUAUAUCAUGGUUCUCCGCUAUGGAGCCUGGUUCAAAAAAGUCCACGGCGUCCAGCGCAAGGAGAUUGUCGCAAUCGACUUCAUGAACUCAUCCACUUUCAUCUUCAUGGUGAUGGGCCUUUGGAGUAUUGGGGCAGUCCCUGCAUUUAUCAACUAUAACCUGACGGGCAAGCCGCUUACCCACUCCAUUCGCACCUCGACUGCAAGGCUUCUCGUGGUUGACGAAGAAGUCCGCCCCUGCUUCCCAGCAGAACAGGAGGAGAUUCUAACUUCUCCGGCCUUCCGUGAUGGCAAGGGACCCAUCGAGAUAGUCUAUCAUACACCGGAGGUGGAAGCCCAGGUAUUGGGAAUGGAACCUACGCGAGAGGACGACGCAGUCCGAAGUGGCGCGAUCGCUCGCGACAUGGCCAUCUUGAUUUACACAAGUGGGACCACUGGGCUUCCUAAGCCUGCCAUUGUCAGCUGGAGAAAGUGCUGGUUUGGUAGUUUGUUUAGUCAGGACUGGAUGGGCAUUACCCCGUCCGACAGAUUCUUCACGUGUAUGCCUCUCUACCACAGCUCCGCUUCAGUGCUUGGUUUCGUCACUUGUUUGAUGAGUGGAGCGACCCUGAUCAUUGGGCGCAAAUUCUCUGCGCGUAAUUUCAUCAAAGAGGCUCGCGAUAAUAAUGCUACGAUCAUCCAAUAUGUGGGCGAGACCCUGCGCUAUAUCCUGGGCGCAGCUCCCGAGAUCGACCCGGUAACUGGCGAGGACCUUGAUAAGAAGCACAACAUCCGUCUGGCCUUCGGAAACGGACUGCGGCCUGAUAUCUGGAAUCGCGUCAAGGAGCGCUUUAACAUUCCCACGAUCGCUGAGUUUUAUGCCGCCACCGAAGGCACUGCGGGCUCCUGGAAUAUCUCGUCAAAUGACUUCUCCGCGGGUGCCAUCGGCCGAAACGGCGCCAUAGGAAAUUUCCUCCUUGGUCGUUCGACUGCCAUUGUGGAUGUCGACCACGAGACCCAAGAACCGUGGCGCGACCCGAAGACCGGCCUUUGCAAGAAGGUCCCCCGGGGUGAUCCCGGUGAGUUGCUGUUUGCCCUCGAUGCAGCGGAUCCCAGAGCUGCUUUCCAGGGUUACUUCCAGAACGACAAGGCGACAGAAGGCAAGAUCAUUCGCGAUGUGGUCAAGAAGGGCGACGCCUAUUUCCGGACCGGCGACAUGGUUCGAUGGGACACAGAUGGUCGCUGGUUCUUCUCUGACCGAAUAGGCGAUACCUUCAGGUGGAAGAGUGAGAAUGUUUCCACCAAUGAGGUUGCCGAGGUUCUGGGUUCACAUCCCGAGGUGCACGAAGCGAAUGUCUAUGGCGUUGCUCUUCCCAAUCAUGACGGCCGUGCCGGAUGCGCAACCAUCAUCUUUAACCAGCAGAUAGCAAACGGUAGCCUUUCUGAGGCCGCACUAGAGCCUUCAAGCGAGGUACUCAACAGCUUGGCUACACAUGCUAUCCAGAACUUGCCCCGCUUCGCGAUCCCGCUGUUCUUGCGAGUUGCACCUGAGGUGCAGUCGACGGGUAACAACAAGCAGAUGAAGCAUAUUCUCCGCACCGAGGGCGUGGACCCAGCUCGUGUCUCGAGUAAGGAUCGGCUGUACUGGCUGCAGGGCAACUCCUACGUUCCCUUCGGACAGAAAGAGUGGGAACAGUUGAACGGUGGUCAAGUGCGACUCUGA